CUCCGUCUGUCUGUGGUGGGAAUCGAGAAUCGAUAGACUCGGAUGAUCAGAGGGGAAUGGCACUCUAGCACUAUAAUAGAUAGCACUAUACUAUAGUUGUGUAUUGUAUGGUGGUAUUCCCCGUUCGUAAGCACUGCAUGGAUGGGAUGCGACUACUGUGGCGUGCAUGGAGCUUAGGGAGGUGGUGGUGUGGCUUGAGGGAUGGGAGGAGGAGGCAGAGGGAAGAGGAAGAGGAAGAGAAUUACCGAGGAGAAGGGGAGAGGGAGAACGGGAGGUUGGCCCGAGGAGAAAGGUGAGAACAGAGAGGGGCGUGGACAUGGGCGUGGGCGGUGUGUCGUGGUGCCAUAGGGCUGAGGCAGCUGUGUGUGUGGUGAAGGAUUGGAGGGAGUGGAGUCGAAGGAUUUCUUAUCGAAUUGGCAGGUAUUGGCAGAGUGUUGGUAGUGUUAGUAGUGUCAAGGCCGUGCUGUUGUGGUGGUAGUGGAGUGGAGUAGUCGAUUAACGAGAUUGGCGACCGGUGAGAUGGAAAAAGGCUAUAAACAGAUUUGAGCGGAUUGUGCGUGCAGUCAAACAAACUACUGUAAACAACAAGUGAUGGCCUAAUCAGCUAUACAUAGUAAACGAGAUUGGAUUUAGGGCUGAUGCUGAUAAUGCUGAUGAUUGUUACGUACAGAUUGACUCCAUACGUACACUCAUCAUCUAGUCAACAAGGCGAGCACAAUAAGAAAGAGUG